UCCGAAUUUGAAUGCAUUAAUUGUUUCUGUGUCGUGUAUUCGUUGUGCGCUCUUUAUGAUAUAUUUCGUACUUUAAGUUUUUUUUCUCUUUGUUUGUUGACAGUCCUAAUCAAUAACGCGUAUGUAAAGGUGACUUCUUAUACUUAAAUUGAGGCUCUAACGACUAGGGAUUUAAAUGAAUUCAGUGGUGUGUGUUACUUGUUUGCUUUUAAACGCUUUCUGUAUAAAAGUACAUAUAGUGUCCCGUGUACGUGUCACGUUAGAAAUUGAUGGAUUUUGGAAUAUUUCUGCGAAAUUUUGGCGAGGUUCGUUGUAAAGCAGCCAUUUCUCUCGGCUAUAUUUAAGGUCGCAAAGCAGGUGCUUCCGGUCUGUGUCAGAAAUCUGGUUUGAACGCCUUCGCUUCAACGUAUCGUCUGCGAAUUUCUGUAAACUAAACGCAGCUAAAUGAUAAUUUAUGACGACCGUACACGCGGGAUUAAUUUACGACAACUUCUACAGUUUUGCGAAUAAUAACGCGACGUCAAAUAUAAUGCCGUUAGCGAAUCUGACGGUUCCUUGGUCCGAGCAAAAUGUGAAUGAAAAGGGAAGUGUAGAGAUCCUGCCAGCAGAAUCUCAGGAGGAAGCAAUGAUUACUCAGGGGAAUGCAGCUGAGCCGCGUUCAAAUGGGUGUUCUGAAUCUCAUGAGAUUGAAGUUCGUGAAGUGGUACGUGAUGGCCACGAAAAGGCAGAUCCAUCUCAGUUCGAACUUCUCAAAGUUCUUGGCCAAGGAUCCUUUGGAAAGGUAUUCUUAACGAGGAAAGUUGUUGGUAAAGAUAGUGGAACACUUUACGCCAUGAAAGUUCUCAAAAAGGCUACACUAAAAGUUCGAGACAGAGUUAGGACGAAAAUGGAAAGAAAUAUAUUAGCAGAAGUUGAGCAUCCAUUCAUAGUCCGACUACAUUAUGCAUUCCAAACAGAAGGAAAGCUGUAUUUAAUUUUAGACUUUCUGAGAGGUGGUGAUUUAUUUUCGAGAUUGGCUAAAGAGCUGAUGUUUACUGAGGAUGAUGUAAAGUUUUAUUUAGCAGAGCUUGCUCUUGCACUGGAUCAUAUACACAAACUUGGAAUUAUUUAUAGGGAUCUCAAACCGGAAAAUAUUUUGCUGGAUACUGAAGGCCAUAUAUCUUUAACUGACUUUGGUCUAAGUAAGCAAUCUUUAGAAGAAGACUGUAAAGCAUAUUCUUUUUGCGGAACCGUGGAAUACAUGGCGCCGGAAAUUGUUAAACGUAAAGGGCAUUCGUUCGUCGCCGAUUGGUGGAGUUUCGGUGUUCUUAUGUUCGAAAUGUUGACUGGAGCUCUUCCGUUUCAAGGUGUCAAUCGCAAGGAAACAAUGACGCAGAUAUUAAAAGCAAAACUCAGUAUGCCAUUAAACAUUUCACCAGAAGCACAAGCGCUUCUCAGAGUACUGUUCAAAAGAAAUCCUGAAAAUAGGCUUGGAUCUGGUGGAGUGGAAAAAAUCAAAAAGCACGUAUUUUUCGCGACAAUCGAUUGGGAUGCCCUUCUAAAAAAACAAAUAAAACCUCCCUUUAAGCCAGCUGUUAGUCAAAAUGACGAUGCAUUUUAUUUUGAUAGUGAAUUUACAUGUAAAACGCCUAAAGAUUCUCCUGGAGUACCUCCAAGCGCUAACGCCCACGAGUUGUUCCGUGGCUUUAGCUUCGUCGCGCCGUGCCUUCUUGAGGAUCAUCUUAAAACUCCGGAAUAUAAACACUGUGAUAGUCUGAAUGCCACUUUCCUGUCUUACGUGAGUCCGGUCUCCAUAACCGACGAGUACGAGUUCAAACAAGAAAUCGGCAAAGGAAGUUACAGUACCGUUUACUUAGCUGUUCAUAAAGCAACCAAAACAGAAUUUGCAGUGAAGGUAAUUGAAAAAUUGAAAAGAGAUCCAACAGAAGAAAUUGAAAUUUUGCUUCGGUACGGAGGACAUCCGCAUAUUGUAACAUUGAGGGCUGUUCAUGAAGACGAUAAAAGAGCUUACCUUGUGUUAGAAUUAUUGCGAGGCGGAGAGCUAUUCGACCGCUUGUUGCAAAGACGUAAUCUAACAGAAAGAGAAGCUGCCGAAGUGAUGUACACGAUUACCAAUGUAAUCCAAUAUCUGCAUGGAAAUGGGGUUGUUCACCGGGAUUUAAAGCCAUCCAAUAUAUUGUACUCAAGACCAGGGGCUGAUCCAGGGACCCUUUGCUUGUGCGAUCUAGGAUUUGCGAAACAACUGCGAGCAGAAAACGGUUUACUAAUGACUCCAUGUUACACUGCGAAUUUCGUAGCGCCAGAAGUACUGAAACGCCAAGGAUACGACGCGGCAUGCGACAUUUGGUCACUUGGUGUUUUAUUAUAUAUUAUGCUAGCCGGAUACACUCCAUUCCGUAACAGUCCCGGAGAUAGCGCAACUGAUAUAUUGGAUCGUAUCGGACCCGGUUUCAUAGACACUGAGAAUGGUAUAUGGUGUCAUAUUUCCAUCGAAGCUAAAGAAUUGGUGAAAAGAAUGUUACAUGUAGAUCCUAACAGAAGGCCUACUGCAGCUGCCAUUUUAAAGUACCCGUGGAUCAUGAACCGCCAUCGUCUUCCGCAAAAACCUUUACCAUACACUGUUAGAGAUCCACACAGCCUAAUAAGAGCAGUUGCUGAAACUUACAAAGCUAUGUCUAGUUGUCCACGAUCUCCUCAUAUUGGUCCUGUUGUUAUGUCCGAACUGGCCCGACGAAGAACGCAAGCAAAACCGUCAGGCCCCACUGAGGUUUAAAACAAGUCUUUCAUUGUACAAAGUAUUCGGCAACCCAUGGUACAUGUGGACGAUCAGUGAUUCCACUUUAAAAUGUGUUGGAAAUGAAGUGUUGUUCAAAACGUUCAAGAGUAAAGUUAGUCUCCUGCCAUUUUAGAAUACUAUUUAUUAUUUGUACCUAUUAUAAAUAAUAGUUACAAAUAGUUAUGCAAGUGUAUAACAUUCGGCUUUCGCUCUAUCGAGCGAUAGGUACUAUAAGUGAAUCCAUAACAAAAUGUUCUAUAUUUUUUUAUUUAGUUUUUUAAUCUAGAAUCGCUGUACCACUUGUACCAUCGAUUAUCGAAUCACCCCAUAUUAAAUAAAUAUGCAAAUGAAUCUGCCACGCACACGAGAGUACAUCACGCUAAAAAAGUACAAGGGGAAGACAUUUAAUGUCGCUACGACUAUUAAUCUUACUAUAUUGCUACUUCUUCUACCUAUUGUUACUCUAACGUUUAUUGAGUGUGAGUGAGCAUCUAUAUCGGAUCGAUGAACAUAAUGUGAUACAUAUUUAUUUAUACAUUAUAUAUAUUUUUUAUGUUAAACAUGUGUGCAUGCAUUUCUACAUGUAUGCAUUGCCAUACUGAGAUUUAACAUCCCCUAAUCUUAGCUACCAAAACAUAGUAAUUUAAAAAUAUUGAAAUAUAUAUAUACAUAUAUA